UGUGGCAUUUUGAACUGAUGCAUUUCUGUGUAAAUUUGUAUUGUUGGAACUCAACCUGUCAGUCAGUCAGUCGCUAUAAGCUUAUGUCAUAGUUAUGAUAAGCUUGUUUACAUUUGUUGUCGUUAUCUGAAACGUAUGUCUCCUUUUUUUCUCUCAAGAUUUUAGGUGCUUUUUUGACUUUUUCACACUCAGUCAUACACAUAUGUCACCAAAAAGGGUUAAAAAGAGUGAAUUAAGAACUGAACACUUGCUCAGAUUAGCGUCAAAAUGCGAUUUGCCAGUUAUUGCACAGCUGGUGAAUUAUCUGCGUCAAAAAAUGGUAGAUUUUGGCUUUAUAGAAGACAAGCGGCAUUUGAGAGAUUCCAUGGAUGUUGACUGGUUGGAUGAUAAGACGCUCCAAUUGAAGUUAGACUUCGAGGACGCCUAUCACAUAUGGUCAGUGAGGGGAACAGAAGCCUCCUCUGAAAGAUACCAAAAUCUUCAUCGAAAAUUAUUGGAGCGGUACAGUCACCUACACAGUAAAUGGGAGGAGAAGAUAAAACUGUGUAAUCAUUCUGAAAUUUCGGCAGUGAAGAGUAAAUUGAGUGAGGAUAAUAAAGCAGCCUACAAGGAAUUAUUGCAAAAAUUGAAGGAUGAUGACAGCUGCGAUCCUGCAUCAUCCUGCAAUGCUUCGUCAUCAUCCACCUCUCAUGCACACCAGCAAACCGGACGUACUCUUCCUCGUAUAAGCUGCUAUAUCCCCUAUAAAUAGAUGCCCUAUCGAUGCGUAAAACAUACCGAAGGACUAGUUGCUGAUGAUUAUAAUAGUGGUGAACAACAUGUAUGACUGCUAUUCAUCUCAUCUCAUCUCAUCACUAUUCUCCAUUCCUUUAUGUAUAUAACUGUGUUGGUUACUUUUGUUUUGUUCUCAGAUUACUAUGUAUUCCUGUAUAGUACUAUUUUUUAAAGAAAACAGUUAAUAAAGACAAAUUUCUCUGUGUGCA